AUGUUAACCUAUUAUUUCAAUGUGAUCAUAUUCUAUAACAGGUCGGGAGAACGUCCUGCGAAAGCCAUGAUUCAUACAUUGUUUUUUGCCGUUCUACUCGUCUGUAUCGCCGCAACGGCCAUGGAAGAUGAGCCGAUUGUCGAAACGAAGCUGGGACAACUUAAAGGACAGGUAGAAUCCGUCUCCGGAAAAACGGUUCAAGUUUUUUUGGGGAUUCCAUACGCAGAGCCGCCUAUUGAUCACCUUCGCUUCCGCAGACCACUACCUGCGAAGUCGUGGUCCGGUACUUACGAUGCCACCCAAAAGAAGUUUUCCUGCCCUCAAAAAGUCAACCCAUCACUGGCCGACAUUGAAACGGAUUUAUCCGAAGAUUGCCUCUACCUGAACGUGUGGACAGCCAGUACUGUAAAACCGACGAGACCGGUCGUAGUAUGGAUUCAUGGAGGAGGCUUCGCCUUGGGCAGUUCUUACCAGAACGAGUUCAACGGAUCACUGCUGGCAGUAAUGCACGACUUGGUAGUUGUGACCAUCAAUUAUCGCCUCGGUAUCUUCGGCUUUCUCGACGCCGGUGUUCCAGACGCUCCCGGUAACGUGGGGCUCUUAGACCAAAGACUGUCUCUACAAUGGGUACGAGAAAACAUCCGAGCAUUUGGCGGAAACCCGACGAGAGUAACCAUAUUCGGCCAAAGCGCAGGGGGUUACAGCGUGCACGCCCACAUCAUAUCUCCCCUGAGCAGGGGCCUUUUCCACAGAGCUUUCAUGAUGAGCGGUACAUACGAUUCCACCGGGUUGAUUGACACCAUUCGAGAAAGUGCAGACAAAGGAAGCCAGGUGGCCGCGAUACUUAAUUGCACCGGACCAUUCCUUGACCUGAGCAGUCAUCCGGACAUUGUCUUGGAAUGCUUACGCAGCAAGUCGACGGAUGCAGUAUUCGAUGCUGCAACUAACGUAACUGACCCUGAAUUGUCUACGUUCGUACCGACCUAUCCGAACGAGUUCUUUCCAGUUCGACCCGUUUUGGCAUUGAGGCAGGGUCGGUUCGCCGACGUCGACGCCAUGGUUAGUGUCACAAGUUCGGAAGGCACCGUCAUGGUGACAUCACAGCCAGACGAACGUUUCUGGGACGAAGAUUUGAGCAAUGUUUCGGUGGAGGAACUGACGCCAGCUCUACGGGAAAUGAUAGUCGCAGUUAUGAGAGACAAGUACAUUGAUCUCGUCGAGUAUUACGCGGCACAGGCGGCACAGGGUAACAAACAGGAGUUAAGGGAGAUGUACACCGAAUUUUUAGGUGACUCUUACUUCGUGUGCCCCAUGAAAUAUUUUUCCCAGAAGCACUCGGGGAAAGGCAACUCGGUGUACUCGUUUGUGUUCGGCCACAGGUCCGCCAAGUCCACGUUGCCGAUAUGGAGUGGCGUCCCCCACAUGGCGGACAUUCCAUACUAUUUCGGAGCACCCCUUUUGGACUAUGAGAGCUACUCAGACGAAGACCGGAACUUCAGUCAAGAUGUUAUGAGAGCAUUCUCCUCAUUUGCGAGACAUGGGACACCGAAGCUUGUUGGCGUCAACUGGACACAAUACACUCCCUGGAGUCCUGCGGUCUUGUGGCUUCAACCCGGGAAUUACUCUACGCAGUACGACAUCGGCGACAAAAACUGCGGCUUCUGGGAACAGUUUAUGCAGUAA